UGGCCGACUCUUCUAGAAUCGUAAGCUGAGUCGCAGUUGAGCAAAAAAUCAGAAAUCAUCUGGCACAAUGGCCUUGAAAAGGUGACGGCGUUACCGAGAAAGAAGAGCAUUUCACGAAUUUUUCAUUUCCGAUGCAGUUCUGCGACUAUUUUACAUCAGGUGUUGUGGACUAAUUGUGGCGGCUUUUCUUAUACGGAGCUGGAACAAUAUGGCUUCUACCGGUGCUAAGCCUAAUGCAAGAGGCACAGAAAAUCCCAGCCCCACCACAGAAGGUCCCCCAGAAGUGAUGCAACAGGGGCAUUUUUUCAGCAAAAAAACAUUCCACAAACCCACUUACUGUCAUCACUGUACGGAUAUGCUGUGGGGCUUAAUAGGUCAAGGCCUCAUAUGUGAAGUUUGCAACUUUGUUGUCCACGAACGAUGUCUUAAAACAGUGGUGUCUCCAUGUUCGACAAUUACUCCGAGCAUAAUAAAAAAUCCUGUUCCUCACUGUUGGGGGGAGCCGGGACACCUCAAAAGAAGGUUCUGCAACGUCUGUCGGAAGCGAAUCGAAGACAGUUGCGCAGUAAGAUGUGAAGUUUGUGAUUAUUCUGUCCAUGUCGAAUGCCAAGAUUUCGGAGUUGCAGAUUGUAAAGAAUGUGCAACUUAUGUUCCAAGUCGAGAUGUUUCUACUUUAACGCAACACCACCAUUGGAGAGAAGGCAAUCUGCCUGCCAAUUCCAAGUGCCAGCUGUGCAAGAAGACAUGUUGGUCUGCCGAAUGCUUAGCAGGAAUGCGAUGUGAAUGGUGCAAUAUUACGGCUCAUCCGUCUUGCUACAAAAGCCUUCCGGUGGAAUGUACGUUUGGCUGCCUGGAGAGCAUCAUGUUGCCUCCUGCUUGCGUGAGCAUUCCUAGGACAGAUGUCCCUCUAGAGACUAUCAUCGGAGGUCAAAUGAAGCGGAGAGAUACCCUCUCACCUAGGAGUAUUUCUGAAGAGUUUUCCUCGUCAAGCGAUCUGAAGAGUAAAGAUUAUGAUGAAAGUUCUCAGAAGGACAAAGAUGAAGAAACUAUAAAAGUAUUCGAUGGAAAUGGCUCGAUGAAGAGUAGAAUGUUUAGGACAAUCACCGUGUCGAGAAACGCAACUAAAGAACAGAUCAUU